AUGGAAAACAUAGUCUUGUUUGGUCGCACAGGUGACGGGAAAAGCGCUACAGGGAACAGCAUCAUAGGGAAACAUGUGUUUCUUUCCGAAGCAAACGCAGAAAGAGUUACAAUAGAAUGCAAGUCAGAGAUUCUUCAGACACCUGAAGGAGGUCCCAAACUCAGAGUGAUUGACACUCCUGGUCUAUCUGAUCUGAUGUCUUCGGUUGAAUACAUAAGUAAGGAGAUCGUUAGAUGCCUAAAUCUUGCGGAAGGAGGGCUGAAUGCUGUAAUCUUAGUUUUAUCGGUGAAGAAUCGAGUUACCAAAGAGGACGAGGUGGUCCUUAGUACCUUGGAGGAUGUUUUCGGGAGUAAGAUUAUUGAUUAUCUUGUCGUUGUUUUCACGGGCGGGGAUGUGUUAGAAGAGGAUGGUGAAACAAUUGAGUCUUAUUUGGAUGGUUGUCCUGUCUCCAUAAAGAGACUUUUGAAAUCGUGUGAGCAACGAUAUGUCUUGUUCGAUAACAUAACCGCGGAUGAGGUGAAAAAAACAAAACAAGUGCAAGAGCUUCUCAACACUAUCGACCUGGUCAGAAAACAUACGGAUUCUAAAUCGUAUGCCGAGGACAUGUCCGAGAAGAUAAAGGAAGAGACUGAUAGACAUAAGAAAGAACAAGAGGAGCUUGAAACAAAAGUGCAUAUGCAUUCAAAAGAAGAAUUCGAAGAACUGAAGAAGGAGUUACAGCUUAGGAAUGAACAAAACCUUAAAGAAAUGGCAGAGAUGAUGGUGAAAAAUGUUAAAAUAGCUGUGGAUGCGCAGGAGAAGCUCUUUGAGAAAAGAGAAGAAGCACGUGAGAACGAAAAGAACGAAAUGAAGAAUAACUUAGAUGAGUUGGAAAGACGUAUGCAUGAAGAAAAUCUUCAAGAAUGUCGUAUUCUCUGAUCAGUCAUUGACCAGAGACUUUGUUUAUUUUUCUGAUGCAUCUUCUAUGUUCUUCAAGUACAUCUUCUACGUUCCUCUUUCGAACACGCUUUCGAGCUUUCAAGCAUGUUGUUGAGUCUGAGUUUGCUUAUGUUUUCAAAUUCCAUCUAUGUUAUUUUCAUUAGUUUA